UUUAGAACAAGUACAAAAGCUAAGCUCAUUCCACGCGCCUGUUUCCCAAACUGCAAGCUCUUUUUUGUGGGCACAGGCCACCCCUUCCAACCUGGUGAGUCAGCACCCAGCCAGAAUCAACAGGACUUUUGCCCCUUGCCUGCCGCAAGGCUUGCCCUGCUCUGGCUCAGGUUCCUCCAGAGGUCCAGAUACCGCCUGUCCGGAAUGUCUGGCCAGCUCUCUGGCAGCAUGGGUGCUCACCGGAAAGGGAUCAUCACACUCACCUAUGUGCUGGCUGCCCUGGAGCUAACUUGUCUCUUCAUGCAGUUCUCCUUCUUACCAUAUCUGUCUCGGACACUAGGCCUCGAUUCUGUCAACUUUGGCUACCUACAAACGAUCUUUGGAACGCUUCAGCUGCUGGGUGGGCCCGUGUUUGGCAGGUUCGCAGACCAGUAUGGGGCGCGGGCAGCCCUCUCCCUCUCCUUCGUGGCAGCCUCGGCUCUCUAUCUACUCCUAGCAGCCUCCUGCAGCCCAGCCCUGCCUGGUGUCUUCCUGCUCUUCGCCUCGCGCCUACCCUCAGCACUCAUGCACACGCUUACAGCUGCCCAGAUGGUCAUCACAGAUCUGACAGCGCCCGCAGAACGGCCAGCGGCCCUUGGCCGGCUGGGUCUCUGCUUCGGCGUUGGAAUGAUCUUCGGCUCCCUGCUUGGCGGAACCCUUAGCACCACGUAUGGGAUCCAGUGUCCUGCCAUAGUGGCUUUUGUGGUCACAUUCCUAGGAGCUAUCCUCAGCUUUACCUGUAUCCCUGUCACCACCAAGGACACCAGUGUCCAGUCGGCCCAUCAGGGUGGAUCCGAUGCCGGUGUGUUUGACUUGAAGGCCAUCACCCGCUUGCUGCUGCUGCCCAGAGUGUUGCCUGUAUUCCUGGUCAAGGUAAUCUCUGGCCUCCCUGCAGGCCUCUUCCUGGUAAUGUUCUCCAUCAUCUCCAUGGACUUCUUCCAGCUGGAGGCGGCAGAGGCCGGCUAUCUCAUGUCCUUCAUCGGGAUCCUCCAGAUGGUGAUCCAAGGCCUGGUCAUUGGAAGACUGAGCACCCGUUUCCCGGAAGAAGCCCUGCUGCAAUCCAGUGUGCUGGUCUAUGCUCUUGUGGGACUGGGCAUGGCGCUGAUGUCCAAUGUUCUCCACUUCUGUCUUCUGGUGCCUGGCCUGGUAUUCAGUCUCUGUACCCUCAAUGUGGUCACCGACAGCAUGUUGACCAAGGCUGUGUCCGCUUCAGACACAGGGACCAUGCUGGGCCUCUCUGCAUCCGUGCAUCCACUAACUCGCACCGUAGGACCCACCCUGGGGGGCCUGAUGUACCGCAGCUAUGGUGUCUCCAUCUUUGGCCACGUGCAGCUCAUGGUAAAUUUGCUCGUCCUAUUGGUUCUCUGGAGGAAGCCAUUGUCCCAGAAGAAAGACAAAGUCCGGUGACCACAGAGCCCAGUGACCUGACCCAGUCAGGCAAUAAUAAACUUCUGAACUUCUUCC